AAAGUGGCUCGAAGUACAUCAUGAAAUAAAAUCCUCCCACUCUUCAAAGCGCUCAAAUCACACUGUAACUUCCAGAUCCUUUGUAUCAUUAGCUGUAUAGAUCCACCUGAAGAGAGACUAGAGAGAAACCCAGUUCAAUUUCGUUCUAGCUUGUUAUUAUUUUGUUCUUAAUACAGUUUGAUGAGGCUUUUACAUCUGGGUUUUGUAAUUGCUCUGGCCUCUGGACUUGCAGCAAUACUUAUUUACAUCACCGGUGUCUCCAAUCUGGAUAGGUCGUUUCAUAUAUCAAAUGAAGAUCUGGAAGCACUGAGAUCCCUGCAGAGUCAUUUCCAGCAGUGCGUGAGUGCAAAUGGAUUAGGUUUACAAGCUGUAAGUGGCAGGGACUACUGUGAGAUUACUAUGAAGUUUCCCAUGGAAACAAUAUCAAAGUGGAGAGAUCCUAAAACUGAAGAACUUGAAGGAUUGUCUUUCAAUUUCAAUCUAUGUGAAGCAGUAGCUACAUGGGAACAGGUGCGGAAUACUACGACGAUACUGACGCGGGAGUACAUCGAUGCUUUACCAAAUGGAUGGGAGGAAUAUGCAUGGCGGAGGAUCAAUAAGGGAGUACUUCUUUGUAUGUGUGCAAAUAGGAGGAUUGGAGCUGGAUCUGGAGAUCUGCUAGCUGCAUGCUCUAUCGUCAAGAAGCAAUGGAAAGGAAAGUUCACUUCAAUUUCAGGCUUCAGGAAAGCUGCUAUCGAGCAUCAAAAGUACGUAAAAGGUACCACAAUGUAUCCUUUGGAACACAAUCCAGGACACGGCCUACUAUGCAUUGUGCCGUGAAAUGGAAGCUGAUUUUCUAGUCACAUACCGCAAGUUGCUUGAAAAUUUUUGAUACAUUGAGAAUCACUAAUUUUUUCUGGAGCAUCUAACACGAACCCUCGAUACAAUUUUGUAAAUUUCAAUCUGGCAGCAAAUAGGAUGACAUGAAAUAAAUGGGAUUUUUUAUUUUUUA